ACGCCCAGAGGAAGGAAUAAAAGGCCAUCCCUCCCCACCAUUCCUGCCACUCAGGACACUGCCGCCAGGAGGUGACCACGAAGAGCAAAGAGCGACCAAGAUCACACGAUGUCUGAGCUGGAGAAGGCCGUGGUGGCCCUCAUUGAUGUUUUCCAUCAAUAUUCCGGAAAGGAGGGCGACAAGCACAAGCUGAAGAAAUCCGAACUCAAGGAGCUCAUCAACAACGAGCUUUCCCAUUUUUUAGAGGAAAUCAAAGAGCAGGAGGCUGUGGACAAAGUCAUGGAAACACUGGACAACGAUGGAGAUGGCGAAUGUGACUUCCAGGAAUUUGUGGCCUUCAUCGCCAUGGUUACCACAGCCUGCCACGAAUUCUUUGAACACGAGUGAACUAGAGAAAGCAGCCACGCUGUUCCUGUAAUAGAGGCGAAGGUCACACAAGGAAGCAGAGAGUAAGGGCUUGCAGGCUAGUAGGAGCUGAGCUUUCCGGCUGUGUUCGUAGCAAUUAGGAAGCUUCAUUUGCUUUGUGAAUGAAAAAUUGAAAAUCUCUUUCUAAGGGCAGUUUUUAAUGGCCCCCAUCACUACUUCUGCUAUAUUAGGCAUACGUGUUAGCUGACUGGUCCCUGGAACUCCUGGUAAUAUCAUGUAGGAAAGUCAAUUCUCAGUCAGAAAGCCUGGGCUAUACAGAAUCCUAACCCAGAAAACACAAAAC